ACCGGGAAUGGGAUGACUCCAGGGAUACCAUUUCUUUCACUGUGGAGACAGGCCUCCGACCCUGUGAGUCAAAUGGGACGAAGUGCAACUUCUCUUUAGGCAAAUGUAUAGAUCACAGCUGCUGGAGUGCUUGCUACAAACCUCAUCAAAAAAGGUGCAUGAACAUCACCCUGUUUCCACCAACCAAUGCCUGUAUUGGCCGCCACAUUCUCAACAUGCACGUCACAUCUUGUAAUCGCACAUAUGACCGGUGCCUAGGAGACUUUUACAUCCUCUUUAAUCCUUGGUGUGCUGAUGACGCUGUGUAUAUGUACAAUGAGGCCCACAGAAAAGAAUAUGUCCUGAAUGAACAAGGAAUGCUGUACGAGGGAGUUCACAAGCAUAUUACUUCUAGACCGUGGCACUUUGGACAGUUUGAAGAUGGCAUUUUGGAUAUCUGCCUGAAACUCCUGGAUAUGGGUGCAAAUUACCAUCAUGACUCUGACCGAGAAAGUAGUUGGCGCAAUGAUCCUGUGCAUGUCAGCAUGGUGGUAAACCACAUGAUCUGUGGCCAUAGCAGUAACAGCAUCAUGAAGCUCCCACAGAACAAUGAUUACCUGCAGGGGGCUAAACCACUGUCAUGGAAUGGAAGUGUUCCUAUCCUUCAGCAGUGGUAUAAAGGGAGAUGCAGGCCGGUCAGAUAUGGAGACUCUGCGUCUCUUGCAUCAGUAAUGUGCACAGUGAUGAGGUGUUUGGGAAUCCCAAGCCGUGUUGUCACAAACUUCUAUUCUCCUCAACGUGCUGAGAACCCCCUUGUUGUCAAUGAACUUUUUGACUGUACUGGCAAAACCCUGCGUGGCAAAGACAGUCUUUGGAGCUACCACUGCUGGAAUGAAUCUUGGAUGGCCCGCAGAGAUCUAAAUCAAUGUUGUGGUGAUUGGCAGUGUCUGGCUCCAACACCCCUGGAGACUGGUAGAGGUUCAAUAUGCUGUGGUCCUACUUGGGUCAGAAGCAUCAAAGAUGGAGAUCUGGACUUGGACUAUGACGGCCAUCAUAUAUUCUCUCGGCUGAAUGCAAGCUGUGUCGGCUGGCUUUCCCAAGGCUCUGUCUCAAAGACAAAACUAUACUAUGACACUUGGCCUUGUGGGCAAUACAUCAGCACCAAGUGCAUUGGUAGUGACCUACGUGAGGAUAUCACCAGAGCUUACAAGUAUGAAUUAGGUUCUCUGAAAGACAAAGAAGCAUUUUACAGAGCUUAUAGAAAAAUUCAUUCUGCAUACUGUAAUGCUCCCAAUUCAGAUAUAGACAGAGAGUUAGCAUCUCUCCGAAGCCCAUUCCUAAGUGAUGCUGGUAUUGCUAUGAGGCUUAAGAUGGCUAAUUGCCCGGUAUAUGGCCAAGAUGUCUGUCUGCAAUGGGUGCUUGAAAAUUUACGUAAGGAGCCCAAGAACCUGAAUUUCAACUUGUGUGCUCAGGUGAUGACAUGCAAUGGAUGUCCAUUGGAUCAGUUCUGGAAGGACAAUAUGAAUGUCAUUCUGGGUCCAAGGGAAGUGAAAACAAUUCCACUACACAUACCAUUUGACCAGUAUGGGUCUCAUCUCUCUGACUACAACAUUAUGAGAGUAGUAGCUGUCUCAGAACCAGAAUGUGGUGGUGAAGUCCUGAUGGUGAACAGAGAUAUUGUGAUUAACAAGCCUCCUGUUGAUAUUAAGCUCCUAGGUAAACCCAGGGUGCAUGCUACGUGCACCGCAGAGAUCUCCUUCUGCAAUCCCCUCCAGGAGAACCUGAGGAACUGUGUACUGAACCUGGAAGGUUGUGGACUGUUCAAAGAGCCAACAACUAUUGAUUUGGGAACACUGGCUGCUAAUCACCAGGCACGAACCAUAGUGGAGUUUACACCUUACAGGGAAGGCUGUCACCGGCUCCUGGCCAACUUCAGAUGCCACAAGUUUGGCUACUGCAAAGGAUAUGCCAAUGCUGUUGUGUGCGGCCCUGCCCCCCAGUGUACUUUUGGCCAGUGCUGUGUCAACUUGAAGUACGUCCUUGUAGCUGAUACAAUGCUGAGCAUUGUGAAACAUCUGGACAAGUUUGUGAUCUUCUGGGCUGGUGAAGGUGCUUCCAAGCUCAACAUGUUUGGGUCUCCACUUCUUAUCUCCAUCUACACUGUAGAUGAAAUCUUGUGCAAUACUUAA